AGCCAGCUCUCGGCUCGCAGCCGCAGCGCCCCGCCCCUGCGCUCCGGACCUGGCAGGCGGCGGCUGCUGCAGGGCCAGUCCCUGGGCCACAUGGCUGAGGGGGACGCAGGGAGCGACCAGAGGCAGGUGAGGCCCCGGCGGGGUGCUGACUCUCCAGGCUCGGCUCGGGCUCGCCUCGCCAUCCCAGUCCUUCUCAGCCGAGGGGCACUCCGCCCGGGGCAGCCCUGGGUUCCGCCAGCACCGGCCACGCCAUUUGCUCCACCGCGUUCCAUUUUUUCGGCGCUUCCCCUCGGCGAGCGCUCUUAGGCCGGCAGCUCCUCGGCGGUCGCGGGGUCGGCCUGUCUCGGACGGUGUUUUCGUCAACCAUUAACACGCGACUAAGCAGCUCUGGGCCGAAGGCAAAAACCAGGGUUUCGCUCCCCACCCUGCCGCCGCGGGGUCAUCUUGGACAAAUCAUUUAAGAAUUCGGGUUUCCCCCUUUGCAAAAUGGGCAGUAGCCCAGACCCUGCACGUCCCCGAGAGCCCACCGAAUCUCCCUCCUUCUGAUCCUUGGCAUGGAGCUUUCGCUGUGCCUUGUUCACAAUGAGGAAAUUGAAGCAAUGGCAGCCAUUUAUGGCGAGGAAUGGUGUGUCAUUGACGACUGUGCCAAAAUAUUUUGUAUUAGAAUUAGCGACGAUAUAGAUGACCCCAAAUGGACGCUUUGCUUGCAGGUGAUGCUGCCGAAUGAAUACCCAGGUACAGCUCCACCUAUCUACCAGUUGAAUGCUCCUUGGCUUAAAGGGCAAGAACGCGCGGAUUUAUCAAAUAGCCUCGAGGAAAUAUAUAUACAGAAUAUCGGUGAAAGUAUUCUUUACCUGUGGGUGGAGAAAAUAAGAGAUGUUCUAAUACAAAAAUCUCAGAUGACAGAACCAGGCCCAGAUGUAAAGAAGAAAACUGAAGAGGAAGAUGUUGAAUGUGAAGAUGAUCUCAUUUUAGCGUGUCAGCCAGAAAGUUCGGUUAAAGCACUGGAUUUUGAUAUCAGUGAAACUCGGACAGAAGUAGAAGUAGAAGAAUUACCUCCGAUUGAUCAUGGCAUUCCUAUUACAGACCGAAGAAGUACUUUUCAGGCACACUUGGCACCAGUAGUUUGUCCCAAACAGGUGAAAAUGGUUCUUUCCAAAUUGUAUGAGAAUAAGAAAAUAGCUAGUGCCACCCACAACAUCUAUGCCUACAGAAUAUAUUGUGAGGAUAAACAGACCUUCUUACAGGAUUGUGAGGAUGAUGGGGAAACAGCAGCUGGUGGGCGUCUUCUUCAUCUCAUGGAGAUUUUGAAUGUGAAGAAUGUCAUGGUGGUAGUAUCACGCUGGUAUGGAGGGAUUCUGCUAGGACCAGAUCGCUUUAAACAUAUCAACAACUGUGCCAGAAACAUACUAGUGGAAAAGAACUACACAAAUUCACCUGAGGAGUCAUCUAAGUCUUUGGGAAAGAACAAAAAAGUAAGAAAAGAGAAGAAGAAGAAUGAACAUUAAUACCUGAAACUAUAGGAAAGGUUAAUUUGCCUAUAAUUAUAUAUACAUUCCGUAGUCAUCAAGGAAUAUAUUGUGCAGAGAGAGUAUCCUUGACUGCUCAAGUCAGCCAAUUCAGCAUGGAUACCAGCAUUAGCUUUCCUUCUUUGGUUAUAUCAUCUGCCAAAAAUAGAGAACUUAUGAUCUAUUCAUGUGUGUUUCAGGCUUAUUUGGGAGAACUAAUUUGAACUUAAUCACCACUUCAUCUAAUUUUAGGAAGGUAACAGUUGCCCAGGGCAGUACCUGAAUUAACUGUCCAUUUCAGUGCAUGUCAAGUGCCUUUGUUAGGUGGAGAAGAAGCGUCUCUAGAGGAAUAUAAAUACCUGAUUUCUUGUCAUCGAGAUUCUUGUACUGUUAAAUGAAUAUUGCCUUUUACUGCUCUUUAUGGCUUACUGGAAUAGGAGCUCAUUUAUGAUUGAUCUUGGAGAGUUUCUUCUUGUGAUUUUAGUUCGUAAGUAUGUCACCUUUCAUUUUAUAGUGUUCAUCAUUGAGUAAUGGAUUAAGUGAAAAUUCAGGAGUAUCCAUCUGCAGUUAUGUGCUGAGGUGAUAAUUCAUCCAACAUAUUUGUUAGCAUAAAUAUUAUGCCUCAAUUUCUGUUGCAAAUUGGUGAUUGUGAAAUUUCAGAAAGUGAUUUUCUAGUCUCUGCUUUUUUUGUUUAAUUGUGAUGUAAGCAAUAACUAUGGCGUGUCGGUAGUCUCCUUCCACCCCAGAAAUGUGUUGGUGUAACAUUCUCAUUUCUUAUAACAACCUGGAAGUACCUUUCUUGUGAUCUUCACUGAGGAAUUAGAACUGUGAUAGAAGCUAGGCUGUGGUGAAUGGGACAUUUGUAGAGUGGGAUAGAGGUGGCAGAAUGACCCUGGUGUAGGGUGGAGUGUGUUGUGUAGUUACAUCAAUUUGAUGCAUGCUUCCCAUGUGCGCUCCAGACAGCUUUCUCAGUUCCAAGAUUUUGUAGAGAGAAGGAGCAAACCUUUUCAUUGGAAAAACAGAAACAACCCUCCCACCCAUUUUUUUCCCUCUAUUCAUCAAACCUUUAUGUUUUGUUCAUCUUCCCGUUACCUCUAGGCAUUUAGACAAUGAAAUUUACCUUUGAGAUAUGACAAUAAGUGAUUAACUGCUUGCUUUCAGAUGUAAUGGCGAACAGUUGUUAAAAGUUAUUAACUGAUCACAGAUUUGCCUGGACUUCACUUCCCAGGGAGGGAACAGAAGUUAGGAGACAACUUUGGGAUGGUGCUAGAGCAGGGAAAGCACAGAGCAUUGGACAAACAGGUCUUUUUCUCUUUUCUCUGAUGUUUUACCUUUAAAAGAUUCAACAUCCUUACUGUUGGUAUUUUUAGUAAGGUUAUAGUAAAUAACUUUACACCUGGAUGGGUUCUGAUAUAUAAAUUCUAAAUUAUAUUUGUUAUAACUAUAUUUUAUGUUGUAUGUUAUCAAGAGUCAUCAGAGAAUGACCUUUUUGUGUUUGGAACACUUAAACCUCAGGUUCCAUGAAAAGUGUGUUUUGUGUUUUAACUGUUAAAAUACUUUUAAAAGUUAUUUAUUUUACAUAAUUAAAGAAGUUAAAAACUAUUAACAUUAAAUAAUUUCACAAUUUCAACAUGUCAGACCUAUGAAGGGAGAUAGAAAACAAUGAGAAAGUUAUUUUUGCUCCUUUAUACAGAAUUGUUAACUAUAUUUUACUAACUAAAAAACUCUAGUAUUCUUUACCUAAAGUCAAUUGACUGGUAAGAGGGAGAGAUGCAAAAUUCUUCAGUUCUGAACUCAGAGCUAUUUCACACUCUACUCUUAAUGGAAACUUGAAUUAAUGAUAGAUAGUAUUUUUUCCCUCUAUUUAAAAUUUUUGUCUUGAUUAGGAGAUUUUUCAGUUCUUCGUAUAAUAAUUUUCUACAAUGAGACCUAUGCUACGGCAUAUUUUGCUUUAUUUAAAAUUUUUUUUAGAGAUGAAAUCUUGCUCCGUCCAGAUCUGAGGCUGGAGUGCAGUGGCGUGAUCAUGGCCCACUGCGGUCUUGACCUUUCAGCCUUUCAAGUAGCUGGGAUUACAGGCGUGUGCUACCAUACCUGGCUAAUUUUUAAAAUUUUUUGUAAAGAUAGGGUCUUACUAUGUUGCCCAGGCUUGUCUUGAACUCCUGGCCUCAAGCGAUCUUCCUGCCCAGGUGUUGGAAUUAUAGGUGUGAGCCACCAUGCCUGGCCUGCUUUGACAUAUUUUAUAGUGUAUUAAUUACAAAUAGUCUCCGUAUGCCAGAAUAUAAAAGCAAGUAUUAACUACUUUUUAGAUGGGAAUUGCAGAAACUGCAUCAAAAGUAUGCUUUGAGGUAUAUAUGAUGAAACAGCCUUUCUGAAAAGAAUUAUAUCAAACUAAUUACAACCAAGAAAUAAUAGCAUGAAGCAUAUACUGUUUGGAGGACAGGAACAUUUUGGGGGAAAAUUACAUGAUCACCUCUGAUUCCACUAUCCAGAGAUAGGCAUUAUUAUUAAUAUUUGAUAUGUACAUCCUUACAUUAUUUUUUUCUUAUGCAUGAUUUUAUAUAGCUAUUUUCUUUCCAUAAAAAUGGUAUUAAACUGUAUAUACUGUUUUGUAGCCUACAUAUUUCAUAUAGAAGUAUAUUGUUAACAUUUUCCAUGUCAAUAAAUAUUCUUCUAUGGCUUACAUUUC